AUGUAUACUAUAACAAAUAUUUAUGUACUUGCCGCUUUUGGUACCAUUGGAGGCGGUCUUUUCGGCUUCGAUAUUAGCUCGAUGAGCGCCUGGAUUGGUGUUGAUACAUACACAGAUUACUUUGGCUCGCCAGACUCUAACCUCCAAGGCGGAAUUACAGCAUCGAUGUCUGCUGGUUCCUUCGCUGGUUCGAUUGCUGCCGGUUGGUUAGCGGAUAUUCUCGGGCGUCGCUAUGCGUUGAUGAUUGCCUCUCUGGUUUGGAUCGUUGGUGCGAUGAUUCAAUGCAGUGCACAAAAUGUGACGCAUUUGGUCGCUGGUCGUGUUAUCAGUGGACUUGCAGUUGGUGUUACCUCCUCACAAACAUGCGUCUACUUAUCCGAGCUGGCGCCUGCUCGUAUCCGUGGUCGCGUAGUGGGCAUUCAACAAUGGGCAAUCGAAUGGGGUAUUUUGAUCAUGUACUUGAUCGCAUAUGGCUGUGUCGUUGGUGUAUCUGGACCAGCCGCUUUUCGGAUUUGCUGGGGUGUGCAGGCCAUUCCAGGCCUCAUCCUGUUCAUCGCUUUAUUUUUCUUCCCCGAGUCCCCUCGCUGGCUUGCCUCGCAAGAGCGUUGGGAAGAAGCAUUGGAUACAUUAGCAAUCAUUCACGCCAAAGGUGAUCGCCAUGACCCGGUUGUACAGGUAGAAUUCGAAGAAGUCCAAGAGGCUGUGCGUGUGGCGCAUGAAUCUCAAGGUGUCACGUUCCUAGCAUUAUUUGGACCUCGUGUUUGGAAGCGCACGAUGUGCGGAAUGAGCGUUCAAAUGUGGCAACAGCUUCUGGGCGGUAAUGUUGCUAUGUAUUAUGUGGUUUACAUUUUUGAAAUGGCUGGCAUGACUGGUAACACUACACUUUGGUCCUCUGCUAUUCAGUACGUCAUCUUCUUGGUGACUACAGGCGUUAUGCUUCCCUUCAUCGAUCGCGUUGGACGAAGAAAAUUACUUCUUCUCGGAGCUGUCAUCUGCAUGGUUUUGCAUUUCAUAAUUGCUGGCGUAAUGGCCAGCAAAGGCAAGGCAGUUCCAAAUGUCAAUGGCAAUGCCAAUUUGACAUGGGAGAUCAAGGGCAGCGCAGGAAUGACAGUCAUCGCCUUUUCAUACAUUUUCACCGGCAUCUACGGCUUAACGUGGGCUCCGACUGCAUGGAUUUAUGCCGCUGAAGUUUUCCCACUCAAGUACAGAGCGAAGGGCGUCGGCUUGUCGGCGGCCACCAACUGGAUUUUCAAUUUUGCUCUGGCGUACUUUGUGGCACCAGCCUUCCACAAUAUUCAGUGGAAAACUUAUAUCAUUUUCGGGGUAUUUUGCACUGUCAUGACUUUCCACGUGUUCUUCACAUAUCCUGAGACUGUGGGCAGGUCUCUCGAAGAGAUCGACCUAGUCUUUGAGACGGAUAUUAAGCCAUGGCGCACUCACGAGAUGGGAGAUGUGUUUAGAGAAGAGAUUGAACGCCGCGAGAAGGUUAGUGUCAAGAUAGAGACUAGUGGUGCAACUCAUGAAGAGGUGGUUUGA